CGUUCACACCUGUGCACGCCCCUCUCUCCGCCUUCUAAAUUCGUCACGAGUAGCUGGCGCGGUUAGCAACGUUCAUGUUGUGAUAAACAAGCACGGGGCAGACACUGAACACCACAAGCAGUCCGACGCAGCAAGCCAUUUCGGAACUUGCCUUUGUUAAGUGAGGACGGGUAGUUUAAUCUUGGUCGUUCUUUCGAUUGUCGACUUCAUACAUAGAUAGACAGGAUAGCGAAUCGAGCGAGUUCAAGAUGGCAGAAUUGACAUGUGGGGCAACGUGUGCUAAAUACCUACUCUUUGUCUUCAAUUUCAUAUUUUUCGUAUGUGGCGCUGUAGUACUGGGCAUUGGAAUAUGGUUGCUCGCCGACAAGUCGUCUUUCAUAGAGCUGACGAAGGUGAGCAGCGAUGUCACUAGCGUUACGGAUAGCAUCAACACGCCUGGAGUGCUGGAAGCCGCAGCCAUCACUCUUAUAGUCGCCGGGGUUGUCACCUUCAUCGUCGCCUUUCUCGGCUGCUUCGGAGCCAUCAAGGAGUGGAGGCCUCUACUCAUCACAUACGCGGUCUUCCUCUUCAUCAUCCUCAUACUGCUGAUCUCGGCUGGCAUUGCUGCGGGCGCCUUCAAAGACAACGUCGAGUCGACUCUUGAAAGUUUUUUGAAUAACACGUUGAUACGCGAGUAUGGCAAGCUGGAUGACAACGACAAGCCGACGCCCAUCUCUGCUGCCUGGGACCAGAUGCAGUACUCGUUAGAGUGUUGCGGUGUGGAAUCUGGCGCAGACUAUGGCAAGGGUGUGGCCGGAAUGGGACCCAUAAACUGGGCCAAUGGUCCCAUCGGGGACUGGCAGAUUCCUCCAACCUGUUGUCGAAUCGCGGACAAUACACGGACCCUAGACGAGACAGUGUUCAACGAGCUGAUAGUAAAAGGCUGCAUGCAGGACGUCAACAACAAUGCAGUGUCUAAUUACGACAAAGGGUGCUCAGAUGCCCUCUAUAAAUGGAUAACCGACAACGGUCUCAUUGUGGCAGGAGUUAGCAUUGGACUUGGUAUCGUGCAGAUAUUCGGCAUCAUCUUUGCGUUGUGUCUAUGUACGGCCAUCGGCAAGGCUCAGGGAGGCGCCGUAUGAAAGGUCAACGUCAGCUCUCUCUAUAUAUAUGUAUAGAGAGACAGCGCCUCUCCUAUUGACGCUGUUGCUCUGUAAAGUCUAUUCUUUUCCAACGCGCACACGGCUCAAUUAUCGACGAGGGGGAACUCUCGAGCGGGGAACAGCCACGUGAGAAUGUUGCUUCAUCACCGCCAUCAUGUGCUAGACGCCGUGAUAUACACGUGUGAAGCGCAUACAUGAUGUCUGCAUGGUUGACUCUUAAAACUGACGGGGUGCAUGCGUAAUAAGUGCGAGACAGACGGAUGAAUAUAGCGUGAACAGUUUGCAGUGAGUUAUAGAGACUUUAGUUUUUAUUAUUGUGACUUAUAUUGACGAGGAUUGAUGUGUAUAGAAUGUCUGAUACACGCAUGCUGCUGUGCACACCGCUGUUAUGCUGCAACCCGAGAUGGCCCGGAAGACUUUACACCUGUUUUGAGGGCAAUGGAAGCGGGCUGGCAUAGCUUUUUAUAUAAAAUUAAAUCGCCUCUAAAGCGGUACGAAUAUCAUUUACAACAUCGGCGAUGAGGGGUAGGAAUAAGUAGGUAAUGUAGUCUCGACUGUCAUCGGUCAAUGGAUAUUCGCGUACGUACCAGGUUGUAUGAACAGCCUAAGUGGUGUCUCGGAGUGGCAAUAAAUGUUGAAUGAAUGAGUGAUGCCAGGCUACAUUUAUGUAUUCCAGGCCAAAUAUUAGCAAUCAUGACAAGUAAAGCAGCCCAUUGUGUCGUGAAGGCAUACAUACUAGAACUGUCGGUGUGUCUUUGUUCGUGUCGUUCUACAUAAACAAACAUGUGAUAAUUUGCAUGAAACUGGUUUGCUGACUCGGUAAACGUCACGUGACGAGCGCACGCCAUAUUUCAGUGCUUGCGUGAGCGCAUUUAUCCUACUCAGUAACGUUUAACGCGGGUUCUAUAUUACAAUAGUAGGAACCGCUCAAUUUUUAUAAAUAUAUAAGGGAAAUUGACUGUGAGAGAUGUCUAACAUGAUACAUAGUGUUUGAAUAACGUCACCGGACUUUAUUGUAUAACCUAAGAUGAUUUAUAGCGAGAUCAAUCCAAAAUGAUUACUGACGUCAGUUUCGAUAACCAGCCAGUUGUCACCUUGGUUCGUAUACUGGUGCGUUAUAGUUAUUUUGUGUUCAUCUCGUAACUAAAUUAUUUUAUAAUAUGGAAUGAUGUGGUAUACUUGUAUAUAUAUAUAUUUAUUAUAUUCAGACAUCUUAUAUACUGUAUAUGAAGAAUAAUAUACCUUGUCAUAUAUUGUGUUUAUAACUCCAUCGUGGUAUACGAAUCAUUAUAACAUUUGUUUAUCGAAUUUCACAUUCUGCUCACAACUUAGUGGCUUUACGCAACACGGACCUUUCAUCACAUCUUAUCAUUGACCACCUGUAGCAGCAUUUCUGUGCAAAAUAUAUUUCCCAAUGAAAUUUUUUUUAUAUAUUAACGGAUUUAUAAAUGUAACAUCUCGCCAUCUAUUAUGCAGGGUGUCCAUGUUGGGUACCUAUCCCUGUAUUAUGGGGAAGGGCACCCCAUGUUUGUAAAUGUACAUUAAUUUAAGUAUCAUAUAUCGUGCGUCAUUGUUUGUUUGCAGUUCCAAUAGGUACGCUAUAAAUAUAUGGUAUGCUACGUGGGGUAAACCUGUGUUAUGAUGACAAUGACGAUAACGACAGAGAUGAUGACGAUUGAACAAGUCAAGAACACUGCCAGAGGCAUCGUGUAGUUUACAUUAGCUUUGAGAUCGACCGACGCUGUGCACGGUAUGCAUCUAGUUACCCUCUUUUCGUUGCAAAGAAUAAACGUUUAUUUGUUUCAACAGCUUUUAAUAGACGAUAGCAGAUGGUUUGUUUGAUGAAUAAAAUUAUAUUGUGGUCAUUUAAA